AUGGUGAAAGAAGAGUUUAAAGUUGCUAAAAUCGUUGAUAUGCCAAUCAAAGUCGAAGUACCCUUAUGUUGUUCAUUACGAAUUACGCUAGCUAUCAUAGCUUUUUUGGGAUUUUUUCUGUGUUAUGCUCAACGAAAUGGUUUAUCCGUUGGUAUUGUAUGUAUGGUUAAUCAGCCAAUGAAUAGUAGUGACCAGCAGAAAGUUAUUCGAAGUUUUCCGCCUGAAUGUAAAUAUGAUGAGAAAACAAGUCUACGAUCACCAAAUCAAGUAUUAAACUGGUCAAAACAAACACAAGGGGUUAUUUUGGGCUCAUUUUAUUGGGGCUACAUGUUGACACAAGUGGCAGGCGGUAUUGCUGUCAAUUAUCUGGGACCUCAAAAAUUUAUAGCUAUUGUCGUCUUUUUAUCUUCACUGUGUACAUUACUACUACCAAUGGUUGCUCUAGUGAAUUCAGCCAUUGUGAUUAUUCUUCGUGUUAUUACUGGAGCUUCACAGGAAAGUUUAUGUCUUUAG